UUGUUUUUCCGGUUCGGCAGCCUGAAGCGAUAUUCAACCGUGAAAUUUGGGCUUUAAAUAUGGAAACGGCACAGCUGUAUCGAGUCAAGUCGGUGCGACGCUGCAUGUAAGUAGCUUUGCUUGUGAGAGAAUCUCAGAUAAAAUUUCUCCACGAAUCCAGGCGCAAUCACUGAAUGAAGAAAUUUAGCAAUUCGGUGUAUUUAUCUAAGAAAAACUUCGUACGUAACUUCGAUAUAGUUCUACAAAUUUAAAACCUUCAUGUUGAAAAUACUGCAUGUUCAAAACUGGAAUUUUCCUUAGCACAAAGUAGAGGAGAAACCACGGCGGAAAGCCCUAAGGAUCAGCUAUGGCCGGUUACUUUCAUGUAUGGAUUCGACUUCACAAGCCACCAUGCAAAAACAGAUUGUCACAAACAGUCUUUGGACUGCCCAGAAUUACUGUCGUUGUGUUUUCAAUCGUCACUUUUUGGGGGUUUCUGGGAGUUUCCGAAAGUCGAGAAUGCGAGAGCUAUCGAGAUUGCCUCGGGGACUACCUCUACUGUUGUAGCGGUUACUGUCGGCGAUCCUGCAACAUAUCAUGUUCCCGUAAUGAACACUGUGGCUCGCCAGGGAGCCUCGAAGAAUACUGCUGUAAAGGAAAGUGUAUAUCCACUUCGUUGCCUUGUGAAAAACCUCCAAAAGAGAAAGAGAAUGCCCUUAGCGUUCCACUUAUCGCUUUGGUUGUAAUAUUUAGUGACAUUCUACGAAUGGCUGUUGCUUGCCUAAUCAGAUCACACUGGAAUAAAUUGCGCCGGCUCUGUUUCGACGAACGCGCGCGUCAAAUGGAGAAAAGAGAGGGGUCCUCCAAAGUCCGCGGCGCAGGGUUCGUUUCUCUUGAAGGGUCUUUUGAAGCUGAAAGUGACUUAACUUGCACCGAAAGAAUUUCUCUACAAUCUUCUGGCACUUGGGUUGGUCAAGACUUUAGGAUCGCUCAACCAAAAUCGUCGAAAAACAAACUUAGUGGUCGCGUGUAAAGAAAGGAGUAAUAUCGAACAAUUGUUGCUUUUUUAUCAGAAGUUUUAAUGUGACGGUGACAUUUACAGCACGUGUGAUAUAGCACGAACAUCGUCGUUGAAACUGAAAACUGAUAGAACGCCUUGAAGUAGUUUGACUGCUGGCAAUUUUGCGGAACAUGAAAGUUUGCGAAACAGCGAUAAUAACGGUUGCGGUUCUGUAUCUCAAAUAGACUUCUCGUUUUAGUACAGGGGAGCAAAAGCACUAGCAUGGUCAAUUUGGUACAAAGAUAAAUAGAUAGAAUCAUUUAUUUUAGCUUGCGCCAAGGCUAGAUGUCUAGCUUCCCUUUUUCCUUUUGAAGUAAAGCUCGGAGUUUCUUGUUUUUCCUAAGCAGUGGCCAUGUAAUUCGACUGCUCUUGAAAUUUCAGGAGAAGUCUAUAGAGUCUUAACAGACUAGCGAAUUACACUAAAAGUACAAAAUAUGUCUAAAAGCCAAAAUUGAUUAAAGUGAAGCUAUAGAUGGUACUGCAAGUCAGUUGAAAUACCAGUUGACAACAUCUCAUGAUAAAGAAACCCCCUACAACGGAGAAGUGCGUCUUGCGGAAUUUUAUAUUCGGUUUAAUAUGUCUAAGUCGAGUACUAUUUUGUCUUAAUAUACCGCUCUAGAUAGAUUUCACGGGUUUUUCAAGAAACCUUAAGCUAGACCAUCGCACGCGGAAUAUAGUACUGAUUAUCACCGAUAUUUUCCCAACAUUUCUAUAAAAGAGGGGAAAGGAACAAAAAAAAAAAAAAAGGCUAGCAGAGAGGGGCAUGCAUUUAUUCUUUAUUUACGAUUUUUAGAAAGGCUGGCCCGGAUCAGUUCAAAGCUAGUUUA